AGCAAAAUCAAUCGGCCACAUUCCACAUGACUCUUCUUACGUGCCAAUUAAUUCACCCCACAAUCCAUUCAUAUCAUCGACCAUGUCACUAAAUUCCCAAAUUUAAUGAUAUAAAACAAAAACCCAAAUCCAAAUCCAAAAUCAAAGAAUCAGAUACCCAAAUCAUCACCACUCUCCACUCUCCAGAUCAUCAUGGCACCCUCCUCACCCCCACCACCAUAUUACGCCAUAACGAUCAUCACCAUCUUAACCUUGGCUUGUACCCGCAAUCCAAAAGUAGAAGCAGCCUUUAAAGCACCAAUUCUCCCACAAGACCUGCUUCCACUUUUACCCACACAAAUCUCAUGGCCCAUUCUUAGAACCCUCAGGUCUGCCACUGAUAUCUUGCCCACCUUUGUGGGUGCAGCUUCUUUAUCCAACAAUUCUGAUGUGAAUUGGAAAGGGUCUUGCUUUUAUGAGAACACUGCUUGGUUGGAACUUCAUAAUAAAACUGGUAGUGAGUUUGGUGGGGGCACUCUUCAUAUCAAGGUAAGCAACGCGCACAGUUGGACAUGUAUGGAUCUAUAUAUCUUCGCUACUCCAUAUCGCGUAAAAUGGGACUACUAUUUCUUAUCCCGAGAGCAUAAAGUCGAGUUUGACGAAUGGGAAGGAAAAGCCGAAUACGAUUAUGUAAAAAACAAAGGUGUUGCUAUUUUCCUCAUGGAAUCGGGAAUGUUAGGAACCCUACAAGCAUUGUGGGAAGUAUUCCCGUUGUUUACGAAUACGGGAUGGGGCGAGAACGCGAACCUCGCUUUUCUUGAAAAGAAUAUGGGAGCUAAAUUUGAAGAACGAUCGGGGCCAUGGGUUACAAAUGUUACCAUAGAUGAUAUACAAUCGGGUGACUUUCUUGCAAUAUCAAAGAUCCGCGGGUUAUGGGGCGGGUUUGAGACUCUUGAGAAAUGGGCAUCCGGGGCUUAUGCGGGUCACUCUGCGGUUUGCUUACGAGACCCCGAAGGGAAGUUAUGGGUCGGAGAAUCAGGACAUGAAGAUGAAGAGGGUAAUAACCUUAUUGUUCUAUUACCAUGGGACGAAUGGUGGAGUUACGAGCUCACGAAAGAUAAUACGAAUCCACAUAUUGCAUUGCUUCCUUUGCAUCCCGAACUCAGGGCUAAGUUUAAUGAAUCGGCUGCAUGGGAGUACGCACAAAGCAUGAUAGGAUUACCAUACGGUUAUCAUAAUUUGAUAUUUAGCUGGAUCGACACUAUCGAUGGAAAUUAUCCACCGCCACUUGAUGCUCAUCUGGUUGCUUCUGUUAUGACCGUAUGGAACCAAUUACAACCGGCAUAUGCAGCCAACAUAUGGAAUGAAGCCCUGAACAAGCGACUUGGUACUCAGGAUCUUGACCUUCCUGAAAUCAUGGUAGAGGUUGAAAGGCGUGGUUCGUCUUUUGCACAGUUAUUAACGAUUCCCGAGCAGGAUGACUGGAUAUACGUUGACGGAAAAUCGACUUCUUGUGUUGCUUUCAUCCUUGAAAUGUACAAAGAAGCAGGACUCUUUGGUGAUCUCGCAAAUGAGAUUCAAGUUACCGAAUUUACAAUAAAGGAUGCAUACACGCUCAACUUCUUUGAAAACAACAUAACCCGCCUGCCAAAAUGGUGCAAUGACGGGGACACAGUAAAGCUUCCGUUUUGUCAACUUACUGGAAAGUAUCGAAUGGAAUUACCUGGAUACAAUACUAUAGAACCGUAUGCGCAUAUGGCUGAAAAUUGCCCGUCAAUGCCCCCAGAUUAUCUGAGACCAAAAUACUGCUGAAUAGCAGUAGCAGUAGUAACUAGUAAGUAGUCUACUAAUAAUGUAUUAGUACGUUGUGUAUAUGUAUUUAAUCGAUUAGGGUCAUGUGUAGUCUAGGGUUAUAUUUCAGUAAAUGGGUUACAUGAUUGUUCAUCGUGUGUGUUUUUAAUUCACAUUAAGUGUCUGAUGCAAACAUGUGUUUUAAUAAAUGAAUUAUGGUAUAUUUGUAAAGUUA